CUUUUAUUAAACCUUUACGACCAUGGAUAAGUGAGAGUGAAUGCAAACUUAACGCUGUUAUUGCGAACAUAAUUUGCUAAACAAGGGGACUGAUUACACAUUAUUUCGGACAUGUUGGCCGUCAUCGGACAAGAUAUCAAUCUGACAGCUUCUACGAUGUCUGACACCGAAAGGGCCUACUUGUAUCAGAGGAUGCAAAAGAAGUUAUCAUGCGAGCUAGCUAAUAAAAAGAACACAAUAAAGGAUGCAGCUAAAAUGGCCGAAAGUCUGGCACAGAAAAUGCAAGACGAACUUCGGAUAUGUCUGGUCUGUGACAAUGCUAAAAACAGCAAAACAGAGCAGUUGAUACGUAAAAACACCGCUGAGGUCCUAGCCAACUCGACGACGACAACGAAGACUUCGGAAUUUAAGCUUGAUGGGCUUGUAGAAGCAGUUGGACCGGACGGGCAAGGUGGUGAAGAGGACGUGUCUGUAUCUGCUAUAGAGUUCACAGAACAUGUGUACAUGUAUGAUACAGACGGCACGUCAAGUUUCGUGACGUCUAGCAUUUUGAGAAAAGACACAAAAACGAAGUCACGUCGAAUUACACCGAGGAGAAUGACUUUUUCACAAAACGCCGAAACGCCCAUCCCUACCACGAUUACGCCGAAUGAAACAGUCAUAGCAGAAGACGCAUCGGAAUUUUCCUACCACCGUUUUUUAUAUGGCAAAUCCACUGACGACGUUUGCCUGAUAGUGAUAACAAUAUAACGUCGUAUCGGGUGUACUUUAGAUUCAACCAAGCUCCAAGCAUUUUGGACUUUGAUUUUGAUAUUUUGCUGGAGGAGAAAGAUGAUUGGCAGCAUUGCAUAAAUGCAAGUGCAAUGCUGGGUCAUACCGGGCUCACAUAUUUAGCAGUCAAAGUCCCUGGAUCUGAUGAGCUUAAACUAAUUAAUCAUCAUUAAAUUUUAAUGUUAUACCGUGUAUGAAAAGCAUUCAAUACGCGAGUCACGAGCCGUAGUAUUUUAUUGAAUUGAUCAUGGCUACAAUUGAAUGGGGACAAUGACAACGAACAAUGGUCGCUUAACUAAAGUAUAGACAAUUUUUCACAUGCAUUAAAUAAAACACAUGUCGAUGGUAACACGAACGUCUCCGGUAAAAUGUUCAUCAAGUUCUUAUUUUUAUUUUGUAUAUCAUGAAAAUAAUGUAUAUACAUGAAUUUAAAUUAAGAAAUGAAUAUUUUAAUUU